AUGAAUAUACAUCAUGGGCAUUAAGAUUCAAUCUUGAACACCUCACUGGCCAUAGUUGUAAUUAAUUCUAAUGACAUAGAAUCAACACCACAACACUUUUGACAUUUUGGUAGACGACGAAUCAGAACACAAGUUCUGGACCAACAAAAGGAAAUAUCAAUUCAAAUGUCUUUUGAGAAGAAUAGCACUCAUGCUCUACAACUCUGGUCCCGUGUAUUUUACCUACUUGAUAGUGAGUCUCUACAUUUUUAAAUUAUUGCGCAAAGUUGAUACAGACAAGGCGUUUCGAUAAUAAUACAUGAAGUAAUGUAUUUAUUUAUUGCAAUCAAGAUAAUACGUCUACGAUUACAUGCUCUGCAUUUGCAUAGUCUGCAUUUACACAAUCUUUUUAUAUGGACUGUUCAAUCAUUCAGGUAACUUCAAAUUCUAAAUAUCAAAGAGUUGUCGGAAGUGAAUCGAGAAUACUUUCAUUGGGCAGUCAAUUGUGUUAUGUUCAUCAUGCUGUAUGCCAUAUUCAUUACGCAAAAGGAGUUGGUGAAAAUCGAAGAAGUGGAAAUCGAGAAAGCAGUAAUCCCGAUUUCAAAUUAUUGUUUAGCAAUAAAUCAGGACUCAAAAAGAUAAGGAGCAGAGAUAUGUGUUUUCCUUCAACUUCUCCUUCCUAUUCAGCCAACAGAAUUUCUACAACAUUGGUCUUGGCAGAGCCCACAUGGAUUUCAUCAAGGCACAAGAUUCCCAGGACAAGGACAAUCUCAACACUAUUUAAUAAUUCUCUAAACAAGUUGAUCACAUCAUCGACAAAGAGAAUCUGGACCCAACCAUGAUUUACUUCAGCAUGUGUUCCGAUUUCAUAAAUAGUGAAAUAUAAGCAUCUCCUAUGGCAAAGAAAAGGAAAUCCAAAUUGGUCAAGGAAGUGGAGAAGGCUAAGUCUGUUUUGGACUAUCUCCAGGAUUUGGGAUUCAACGGAAAUCGGAGUGUAUUCUAACACUUCCUAUUGCCACAUUACAUUUACACCAGAAAAUUCCUAAUCCCAGAUUCCAAUUUACAGAUCAUCGUGGUCAUAACCCUUAUCACUCUGAAGGUCUUAAUACCGAUUUUCUUUUUGUUUUGGCCCAUUCAUCCUUACACUCUCAUCUACUCAGUGAUAUUUAUGGGAUUCUACAUGCAUUUUCUAUCUAUUAUCUUCCAAUUAGUAUUGAAUGAUGAUCUGAAAACUAGAAACUACAUCCUAUAGGCUUUGAAUAAGAUCAUCACUAUAGACAUGGAUCAAGAAGACGCACUGCAUGAAUUAAUCGACAUUACCUGUUCACUCAGUCUUCAGAGUUGGAAUCUGAUGAGAACAGUCGUUAUUUACAUUGAGAAGAAGAAGAAAAUAGAGUACAAUUAUGUCUAUGGUUUUCUGGCUCUUUAUGGAGCUAUGUGUUUCGGUGGAUUUACACUGUGUAAUUUCGAAUUACCGUUCAUGCAAGCCAUAAAUUAUUGCGAUGACGACGUUCUAUUGUAUAACAUUCAUGCUGACAUCGUAUUAUCUUUUAUCAUCUGUAUGGGCAGGAUCUACUAGGGCUCUAAUUUCAAUCAGACUUUUAAUGAAAUAGAUUCAGUAAACAAUGAUAAUUACAUUAGAACAUUCACAAACUCACUGCAAUAUAUGAAGACUUAUACACGUUAUUUGAUUAUUACUUCAAGAACAAGGAUAUAGUAGACAAUAGAAUAUAUAGACAAGUCAUUGAAUUGAUUUACACAUAUCAAAAGAAGAAAAUGCAAAUGCCAUUACAAAGGAAUAUCAAAAAUAAGGUAGAUGUAAUUGAGACUGAGGAAAUGAUCAUAAUGAGAGACAAAGUAGCUGAGAUUAAGAGUUGUUUGGAGAAGAUCUAGAGUAACGUAGAGAGAGAUGUCAAGAAAUGCCAUGAUAAAUUCAUUGGUAUUUUUGAUGCAAAUUUCAAAAAACAAAUGAGAAUCAUGAUUUUUGUUAUAAUAACAUUUGUACCAUCCUUAUCAACAAAGUAAUAUUAUAGUUAUUUCUAUUAGAGUGUACAAAUAUCUUAGUUAAAUGAUGUGA